AUGGAUUAAGAUUAAUCAAUCAAAUUGGAGGAUAUUCAAUAUACAAAUUUCACAGAUUACAGUUAAAUACCUAAAAUAAUGCCUAUGAUUGAUGCUGAAUUAUCAGAGCCAUAUUCCAUUUACACUUACAGAUAUUUCCUUUAUGGAUGGCCCGAUUUGUCCAUUUUUGCCUAUUAUAACAAUGAAAUAAUUGGGGUGAUUACUUUUAUCGAAUUUCUAGGUUGUAAUAGGAAAACUCGAUAAGCAUAAUAAAUCAGGCAGAAAUAGGGGUUACAUAGCUAUGAUCGUGGUAGAGAAGAAAUAUAGGCGUCUAAAAAUAGGGAGAAUUUUGGCAUAAAAAUUUAUUGACAGAAUAAAAGAAAAAGGUUUGAAUAUUUAUAAUUUAUAUAAAUUAGGUGGUGAAGAAAUUGUGUUGGAAACUGAAUAGACAAAUCAUGCUGCAUUGAGAUUGUAUGAAUCCUUGGGUUUUGCCAAGAUGAAAAGAAUGUAAAACUAUUACAUGUCUGGGAAUGAUGCAUUUAGAUUAAAAUUAUUCCUUGUGGACCCUGUAGAUCCUCAUUAAAAAAGUGAAUGA